AUGUACGACUGGCAAAACUUCGACGCCGUCUUCCACACCAAACCCGACCAGUCCCCCGACCAGAAGCAUGCAGAAGCCGCCCUCAAGCACCGCAAAGAACUAGGCGGCGAGCUCUUCUUCGAUCGCAUGUGGACGGCGCUCCGUCUGCCGAAGCCAACCAAAUCAUACCCACCAAAAUCCAACGCCGAACUCCGCGCAACGUGGAAAGCCAUCCUCAAAGCACAAGCUGGCGACGAGCAAAAACUCGCGCUCCUCUACUACCUCAUCCUCGACACGCGCAAGCAAGCCCUGCAGCAGACAUUCGCAGAGCGAAGCUUUAUUCCGCAGAAAUAUUUGGUCUUGGUCACAGGGUUAUGGCAGCUCGAUCAGUGCCAUUUCCCUCAGGCGUUGGAGUAUUUGACUGACCCGUCACUGAUUCCGCUUACAUUUAGCGAUGAGGUUCUCACGGUGCUGCUCAAACACCCGAAAUGCGAUAACGCGCUCGCUAUGGCGUUCUACUUGACCGUGCGUCCGCCCUUGACGGACUCGAGCGCGCUGUACGCUUACUUCGAUCUCCUCGCUGGGACCAACACCACCGAGGCCUACUACUUCGCAAAGUCGCAUCCACAGCAUAAGAAUCUCUUCGAGAAGCUCAUAGCGCACGUAUACACCUCAAAAGCAAGCGACGAGCGCACAUCUGCAGCUCUGCAGCUGAUCAGCCUAUCGUUCACGACUGAGGAGGAGGCGUGGUUCGAGGAAGCCCUCCUACACGGCGAGGCGUCCAAGACGCCUGGCGCGAAGGACUCGAUCAUGGCGCGACGAUUGGCUUACGGUAGACUUGUGAACGGGUCCGAUGCGCUUUCUAGGUACAAGGGCAGCAAGCUCGACGGGGUGGACUGGGAGACUUUGCGGGGUAUUGCUGGCGGGUGA